AUCUGCUCACCCGACAUGGAGUAUCUGAAAUAUUGUCAGUCUUACAUCAUUGGCAGUGGCCUAGCUAGUAAUAGCCCCGUCUUUAGACAAUUUCUAGCAAGAUACUUGUUUUUCCCACUAAGCUUGAUUUUGGUUUCUCUCUCAAUUUACAUAAUUAAGGACGCAAAUAACGACAUCUAUUUCCUAACUGAAGUCAUGGAAUCUCUAGCAUCAUACACCCAACUACUAAUACGAAAAUAUAUGAUUUUUACUCAAAGUAAGCUAAUGGUGGAAAUAAUCAAUGACUGUGAGAAUCUUUGGUCCCUUGAACUGUUUGGACCAGAACUUGGCAAAAAAUUCAAACAGCAAAUGAAAAACUGUUGGACUUUUGUUAACGUAUUGGUUACUUCAGGUUUUUCAACUGUUCUCCUUAUUUGUAUAACUACUCUCACCGAUAAGGAAAAAUCACUACCGUUUGUUUGCUGGAUCCCUGGUUUUCCCCACGCUACUGAGCUAAUUUUCCUGACACAAUUUGUGCUUUUGAUGAACGGCCUGUAUUACAUUAAGCUCACAGACGCGUUCUAUCUUUUGGUUUGUAUGGAUAUACAAAUACAGUUCAAAAUGAUGGGGAAAAUGUUAAAAACGAUUCACUUUGGACUUCUUUCAGAGAAAGAAAGUUGGGAGAAAUUGGUCGAGUUGGCAAAACACCACAAUAAAAUGUUGAAACUUCACAAAAAAUUAAAUAAAGUGUAUUCGAAAUAUUACGUCGUGCAGUAUGUUAUGUCGGUUACUGCAAUGACGGCUCAAGCCUACACCUUGAAAUACAUAGAAGUCAACAUUCAACUAGCUCUAAAAAGCAUAAUGUACACUUGUUCACUGCUGCUCCAAGGCGCUUUGUACUUUUUUCCCGCCAGUAACAUCGAAAUUGAGGCUGAGAAUUUUUCAACGGAAAUUUAUUUUCUAAACUGGCAAGACCACGGGGACGUGAAAAUUAGAAAGCACAUUCUGUUCAUGCUUCUAAAAUCCCAAGAAAAUUUGGAAAUGAUGGGCGAAGGCAUGAUGCACAUAAAUAGAAACGAGUAUCUUAUGGCGAGUUAAAAACUGCAAAGUACAUCAAUUCAAUAUUUUUAUUCUAGAUGUUUCGCCUCUCAUUCACAAUUGCUACACUUUUGGGCGGUUUGAAUCAGUUAUAAAUUCAAGACAUAUUACUUAUAUUCACUAGUUAGAAAAAAAUAAAAUAAAACUCA